AACACGUUCAUACAUAUUUUUCCAUACGCAAACUACGUGUCCACUUGCGUCUAUUUUGUAUACUUUAAAAAUGCAUACUGUUUUAACCAGAGGAAAUGCCACUGUUGCCUAUUCCUUAAGCGUAUUGGCAUGCCUUACUUUCUGCUGCUUUAUAUCUACAGUGUUUCUGGAUUAUAGAACCGAUGCUAAAAUAAAUACCGUACGGGUGCUAGUGAAAAAUGUCCCCGAUUACGGUGCAUCAAGAGAGAAGCACGAUCUCGGAUUCGUGACAUUCGAUUUGGAGACAAAUCUAACGAACAUUUUUAACUGGAACGUCAAACAAUUGUUUCUCUAUCUAACGGCCGAAUAUAAAACUACAUCGAAUCAGCUGAAUCAGGUUGUGCUCUGGGACAAAAUUAUUUUGCGUGGCGAUAAUGCAGUUUUGGAUUUUAAAAAUAUGAACACCAAAUACUACUUCUGGGAUGAUGGCAACGGCCUGAAGGAUAACAAAAACAUAACGCUAUCUUUGUCAUGGAACAUUAUACCAAAUGCCGGCCUGCUGCCAUCGGUGCAAUCAACCGGAAAGCAUGUAUUCAAAUUUCCCGCAGAGUACGCGUCAUCCAUUUAGAAUCUUAAAAUUUUGAUUAGAAACAUUCAAUACAGUUGUAUUUUAAUGUACUAAAAUAAAAUCCUUUAUAUUAAA